CUCACGUGACGCUCCUCCUCCAAACAACUCCACACCCAUGCUCAUCUCCCAACCUUACAUCAUGCUCAAGCAGUCCAACAUGGCGUCCAGGAUGGAGUCGUUCUGCUGUUUGCUCGCCUCGCUUUUCCCCAAAGUCUUUUGCAUCGGCGUGGUGACGUGGGCGUUGUUUGUGUUGCUCCUUCUCAUAACUCCCGACAUGGCAGACGCCUAUGGCUCCGCCAUCACCUACACGCUCGUGGUGCUGGAACUCGUGCUAUACACAUUGAUCAUCUACAGCUACUUCCUCGUCAUCCGAGUAGGUCCAGGAUCUCCAUUGGACUACCCUGAGCUCAGAAUACGAAACAUCCAGAGCCUUCGUCCCCAGAACGUGACGAAAAUCACAAGCACCGUGGAUGGAGAGGGCCGUCACGAGGAUACAGAAGGCCCAAUGGACGAGUCAUUGCUCGAUCCCAGCCACGAAAGCCCCUACGACGACCCCAGCGUGCCUUUCUUGUCAAACACCGACGAGUUGGUCGCCCCAGAAUCGCCCCCCACCGAGUUCAUGACCGUCCAUUCGAAGCGAGGUGGUGGAGUGGUGUUCUGUACCAAGUGUCUGGUGUGGAAACCCGACAGAACUCACCACUGUUCAAGUUCAGGCAAAUGCAUUCUUCGCAUGGACCACUACUGCCCGUGGUUCACCACUUGUAUCGGGUACUUCAACCACAAGUUCUUUGUGCAGUUCUUGGUGUACGUCAGCAUCUACUCGGGACUUCUUUUCGGGGCCUCGCUAGCGGUGUUGUGGAGGUUUUUCACUGGCGAGGUGUACAAAACCGGCCAGUUCUUGUCCAUCAACGUGGUAGUGCUCUUUGUAUUGGCUGCUGCAUUUGGCGGUGCCACUGCCGUGUUUGCAGGCUUCCUGGUGUAUUUGGUUUUGAGGAAUAAGACGACGCUUGAGCUCCAUGAGGCCAACUGGGACAAAGGUUUCCAGUACGAAUUCAACAAAAACGAGAAGGUCGGCAACAUCUACGACCUUGGAUGGAAGAGGAACUGGACCAGCAUAAUGGGCGAGACUUGGGCUCACUGGCUCUUGCCAGUAGCAGCAACAUCUAGAUCGAUCCACGCAAAAAAUAACGGUAUCAACUUCGAUGUUGAUGAGGAAAUGUACGAGCGUUUCUGCCAGCAGUCGCAGUUGCAGUCGCAGUUGAACCAGCAGCUCCAAGAGUACGGCCAAAGAAGACGGGAUGCCCGCCAGAAUUAGUCAUCAAUUACAUAAUAUUACUGUUGCUGGCAAUUGGCCAUAGGCCGUGGAUGGGAGUCGAUUGUGGAGUCGCGCGGAACGUGAAAUGAUAUGGAGAGGUACUGAAACAUACGACAGUUCAAAAAAUUGUGUUUUAAAGUACCAGUGCCUGUGAAGGAGGAUCUAGAGAAAUGGCCAGUAAUGCAGCACCAUUUGUUAAUUAGCCAACAAGAGGCCAAGGAUAGGUACAGGGAACUUCUUCCACGAUAAGUUGCGAGCAACAAGCCCGGGUAUUGUCUAUAUCCACAAUUCAAUUCCAUCCCUGUCCCAGUAUAGCAAUUUUUUGCAUUCAAACUCGCUGGAUGGAACGGCGAUCCAGAUUAUAGAGACAUAUGUAUACAUCAAAUAUAUAAGUAUAGGAGAGAUUUUGAACAGAGGUAUACGAAAGAAUAAUUUAUGGAAUCAGGG